GUCUCCUUCCUCCCUCCAAGUCCAAGUGACCAACCAUCAUCAAUCAUCGCUAAGCCCACCUCGGAGAUCUCGAGUUCGAUCGUCGUCGUCGUAGCUGUAGAGGUAGUUAAUUAUCUCGUUUUAGAUGAGCUCACUGACGGCGGCGCAGUUCCGGUCGCUGUUUGAGAUGGCAGGAGGGGAGGAUAUCUCGUUUCUGUUUGGUGAUGAUGAGGCGGCGGCGGUGGCGGCGCCGGUGGAGUUGCAGGGGAAGAGGGGGUGGGAGGAGGUGGAUCAAGGGGAGGGGUCUGGGGCGGUGGCGGCGAAGAGGCAGCGGUCGCCGACGAGCUCGAGGGAGAAUAGUAGCGGGAGUAAUGAGGGUGGGCAGGAGGAGGUGUCUGAGGCGGCGGCGGCCAUGGCGGCGGCGGUGGGGAGGGGUGGGGGGAGGAGGCUGUGGGUGAAGGAGAGGGACUCGGAGUGGUGGGACAUGGUGAGUAGCCCGGAUUACCCGGACUCGGAGUUCAGGAAGGCGUUCCGCAUGUCCAAGGCCACGUUCGAGGUGGUCUGCGACGAGCUCGCCGCCGCCGUCGCCAAGGAGGACACCAUGCUCCGCGCCGCCAUCCCGGUGCGCAAGCGCGUCGCCGUCUGCGUCUGGCGCCUCGCCACGGGGGAGCCCCUGAGGCUGGUGUCCAAGCGCUUCGGCCUCGGGAUCUCCACCUGCCACAAGCUCGUGCUCGAGGUCUGCGCCGCGCUCAAGGCCAUGGUGAUGCCCAAGGUGGUGCGCUGGCCCGAGGCCGGCGACGCGGCGGCCAUCGCCGCGCACUUCGAGGCCAUCUCCGGGAUCUCCGGCGUCGUCGGCGCGAUCUACACCACCCACAUCCCCAUCAUCGCGCCCAAGUCCAACGUCGCCUCCUACUACAACCGCCGCCACACGGAGCGCAACCAGAAGACCUCCUACUCCAUGACCGUCCAGUGCGUCGUCGACUCCACCGGCGCCUUCACCGACGUCUGCAUCGGCUGGCCGGGGUCCAACUCCGACGAGGAGGUGCUCGAGAAGUCGGCGCUGUACCUGCACCGCGGCGUUCCCGGCCUGAUCCAGGGCCAGUGGGUGGUCGGCGGCGGGAGCUUCCCGCUCAUGGACUGGAUGCUCGUGCCCUACACCCACCAGAACCUGACGUGGGCGCAGCACAUGCUCAACGAGAAGGUCGCCGCCGUGCGCGGCGUGGCGCGCGACGCGUUCGAGCGCCUCAAGCGCCGGUGGGGCUGCCUCCAGAAGCGCACCGAGGUGAAGCUGCUCGACCUCCCCACCGUGCUCGGCGCCUGCUGCGUCCUCCACAACAUCUGCGAGCGCAGCGGCGACGCCGUCGUCGACGCCGACGACUGCGCCUUCGACCUCUUCGACGACGACAUGGUCGCCGAGAACGCCGUCCGCUCCUCCGCCGCCGCGCAGGCCCGCGACGCCAUCGCCCACAACCUCCUCCACAGCGGCGGCGGCGCAUCCUUCUUCUGAUCAAGCAUCAUCGCCGUUCUUGGUCCGAUCAACAGCGAUACCAAACAAACCAACAAAAAUAAAAAAGAAAAACAAGAUUCAGUUUUUAGGUGUAUAGGAGGAGCUUCUCCAUUUUUUGUCGGAAAUGGAGCAGUGAACAGUUUUUCGCUUUAUCGUCAGGAGGGACAGGAAAGUUCAGAGUCCUAGUAGUCUCAAAGUAACAUUAGUUUCUUGGUUGGAUUUUCGAUUGAUUUGGUUCUUUUAGAUCUUGAGAGAUUGUUUUUCAUGGGGUUGUAAUUAAUUGCCUGCAUAAUCUUGUAUCCCCCAGAUUAUCAAUUAAUCAAACCUGAAAAAGAAAAUCAUUUUUUUGCCAA